AUGGCUACUGCAACAAUCAACCCAAAGGCUUUCCCACUUGCGGACGCUGAAUUGACAAAUCAAAUACUAGAUCUGGUUCAACAAGCUAUGCAUUAUAAACAGUUAAAAAAAGGUGCUAACGAAGGUAAAUUUGCAUGUGCGUUUGGUCCUAAUUUUGAACGUCAUUUACGAAAAGAAUUUUCUUACUACUUUUCAUCAAAAAACAAUAUAGCUACAAAAACGCUUAAUCGUGGCAUGUCAGAAUUUAUAGUUAUGACGGCAGAUGCACAACCUAUCGAAAUUUUGUUGCAUCUACCGUUAUUAUGUGAAGACAAAAAUGUUCCAUAUGUUUUUGUCCCUUCAAAAACCGCUCUUGGUCGUGCUUGUGGUGUUUCUCGUGCUGUUAUUGCUGCUUCAAUUACCAGUAACGAAGCUUCUGAACUUAGACCUCAAAUUCAGGCUAUCAAAACUCAAAUAGAAAGAUUAUUAAUAUGA